CUUCUCAGCUCUCUUCCUCUCUUUGUUUCUCUUAGAAUAGGGCUCUUUUUAUGCGCCUUCUGCUCUUUAUGCAUAUGGAUUUUUUUCACUCGUUUCCGUUCAAUUCCGUGUUUUAUCACUGUCAUACUUGAUUUUUAAAAAAAGAAGUUCAGGUUGAUUAAUAAACUCUAAUGAAGACAUUUAAUAUCACUUAUAGCAAUACUCGGCAUUAGACAUCCCUGGUACAUUUCCCUAAUUCGAGAGGCAUCAGACAUCCCUGGUACAUUUCCCUAAUUCGAGAGGCGCUUCCUCGGCCUCACUCGCCUCGCGUUUCCAGAAAAUAAACAAACGUUGCGCCACCGCGGAGCCCGAGGGAGAGAGAGAGGGACCUUCUGCAAGUGCUGUUUGGACUCGUUAGUGGCAGGAUGUCAGUUGCCAAGGAGGUCGCGUGUCAUGAGGGAGAAGUGACAGUGGGAAGUGAGCACAUCAUCUUCAGCGGCGAGAACGUGACAGGAGAUUUGUGUCUGGAGGGCGAAGGGACAGAGGAGAGUGUGCCCCUCCUGAAGAAGGUGGGCAGGAGGUGGAAGUCCCUACCCGCGCAGGGAGAUGACGUUACCAUAAAGGACCCCAAGCUGAAGCAGGGGUAUCUGGGGGACUUGAGGAAGAAGUCGAUCAUUGAGCUGGAAGAUGCGCUCAGGAGGCAGGAUGCAAUACUUAACAAUAAAACACUGCUGGCAAAACUUCCAGACAAGGGUGAACGCCUUAGAGGCAGGCGGAGGGAAGUUGCUGAGGCUCUUGAGGAAGUGAGAGAAAGGGAGAGGAAUUUGAGAACCGCGGACCUUCCUGUUGACGUUCAGGCACUAGAAUGGAGAGGCAUCAAUGGGAAUAUAAGUGAGAGAAUUACAACCACUAGACAGCCACAUGGUGAUGACAGUGAUGAUGAUGAAAAUUUAGACCCUCUGGAGCUCAUGGCUCAGCACUCUUCUUGCAUCAAGAAAAAAGAUCACAGGAAGUCCUGCGGCCAUGUGGUCCCUCAAAUGGGGUAUAUCUGUAUGGGCUGUGCGCACACUCUUGGGUUUUUCUCUCGUUGCACACGCCUCACAGACUCUCAGCCACUCACCGAAAUUUGA